GGCGGUUGGCGGGCGGGCUCCGGCCUCUCGCGUCCCCGCUGUUGCUCCUCGGGGCGCGCGGCGCGGAGCCGGGCCGGGGCAGGGACGCCGAGGGCCGCCCUGCGCUCCGCGGUCCCCCCCGAAGCGCCGCCUUACAGAGGCCACAUGUGGCGGUUAGGUCGCGCGCUGCUGAGUUGGAGAGGAGACGUUCUAACGUGGCAUUUUUAUUCUUUUAGUGCAGAGGCCCAGUAAUCCGAUAUGGAGCAUGUCUUUACCCCGUUGGAACCCCUGCUUCCCACUGGGAAUUUGAAAUACUGCCUUGUGAUCCUGAAUCAGCCUUUGGAUAAAUAUUUUCGUCAUCUUUGGAGCAAAGCUCUUUUAAGAGCCUGUGCUGACGGAGGUGCCAACCGUUUAUAUGAUAUCACUGAAGGAGAGAGGGAAAGCUUUUUGCCUGAAUUCAUCAAUGGAGACUUUGACUCAAUUAGGCCUGAUGUUAGAGACUACUACGCCAGUAAGGGAUGUGAGCUUAUUUCAACUCCUGAUCAAGACCAUACUGACUUUACCAAGUGCCUUGAAGUGCUCCAAAAGAAGAUAAAAGAAAAAGACCUGCAGGUGGACGUGGUUGUGACGUUGGGAGGACUCGCUGGGCGUUUUGACCAGAUUAUGGCGUCGGUGAGCACCUUGUUCCAAGCUGCUCGCACCUCUCCUCUGCGGAUCAUAAUCCUCCAAGAGGAGUCUCUCAUCUUCCUGCUCCAACCAGGAAAGCACAAGUUGCAUGUAGACACGGGAAUGGAAGGAGAUUGGUGUGGCCUUAUUCCUGUUGGACAGCCCUGCAAUCAGGUUACGACAACGGGCCUCAAGUGGAACCUCAAACGGAAUCACCACGCUGGCAGGGACUUGUGUUUUAUUCACGGAUGUGUCCCAGGCCCCUGGCACAUCACGUGGCACCUCGUCAACGCCUGCGUUCACAAGUGCUUAUUAAGAAUUUACCACGUGACAGGCACUGGGCACUGAGCACGGAAUAAGAUGGACGCGGCGCCGGCCCCCUGGAGCUCACAGUCUAAUUCUUGUUGAGAUUCCCUGUAGACACCUGAUUUUUAGCAUAGUCAAAAGAGAGGGGAAAAGCAUCAUGAAGAACUGCCUCAGCCACCUUCCCAGCACGUUAAACGCCCUAACCCAUCAGACUUGAAGACUGAAAUAGACCUGAUAACCGUCUGCUUCCAGUGUCAGGCUUCUGCUAUCCCAAACUGUUAGGAGACUGCUAUCAGGACCCCAGUACAUAAAAGAGUUUGUCCUAAUGACGCUAAAUGUAAUGAAUGGUGAACAAAAUAAGUCAGAGAAGACAAUGUCAUCCUAGGCUUUCAACUCCUCCUCUCCCAAAUCAGAAGACGAGCUCCAAAUGAAAAUACGUCCAUUGGAAAAAUCCCCCCCGACAUGGUAAUCAAGUCUUGUGCUUUAGUCAAUAAUUAGCUGGACUGAAGCCCUUCAGUGCCCGUUUUCCUGCAGUUCUAGCAGCAAAUUGAUAACCCCAGGCAAUUUUUAAUUAGCGCCCUUCAAAAUAGUUUGCUAAAUUAGUCAACUAUGAAAUAACCUCACCCAGAUGAUUAAGUUCACAUUGCAUUUCAAACCCAUCCCGAUUUUGCUGUGUGCACAUACCAUCACUCCAGGAUUAUCAAUUACAGUGUUUGUCGGCCUGUGUUGGAAUCUACGCACAGCACAGUGGCAGCACACGCCAGCUGGUCCAUCUCCACGCUGCUGUUCCAAGGGGCCUGCCAGCCAUUCGGUGUUGACAUUUCUAUCACCAGAAAUAGCUCUGGUUCCAUCCUGAGCCCCGUGGGGACGACAUUUAGAGAUAAGCCUCCUUAUGUGCAGGUGAGCCCCCUGUGCUUCUCAACGUGAGGAAAGCUAGGACCUGCUCUAUAAGGACCUGUGGCCGAGCAUGACUGGCAUGAUACGUGUAUUAAUCGUGGAGACCCCUUUCUUACACCCUCACACCGAAAGGUACUUGGCAGCAUCUAUUAUUCAGCAAGUGUGUGCAUAUGAUCUCAUUUCAUUUCAUUUCAAAAUAAGGUGACGUAUCAGGUAGUUUUAACUCCCACACAUCGAUGAGAAAACGGAGCAUCAGGAGGCUUAAAUAACUCGCCCAGAGUUGGAGACAGAGCCAGAAUAGGAUCUCCAGUCGCCUGACUGCCGGUCAUCUGCCACCACCUCGUGCCACCGUCAGCUCCAGCCUCUGUCCUCCAACAUCACUUGUCUCCCUCACACAUGCCUCUAACACUGCAGUGAGCGUGUUUUUCCUGAAAUGCAAAGCGGCCGGAUGACUUCCGUACCUGGCUUACCAUUGCCCCUCAGCUAAGGUCCAGAUGCCCCCGGGAGGCCCUGGGCCAUCUGCACUCUGCACUCCUCCCCCGUCUGCUCACCAUACUCCAGCCACACUGACGUCGUCCAGUUGUCUGGACUCCAUUUGCUCUCUCAAGGCCUUCACACAGGCUAGUCCUCGACCUCUGACCCGGCCCCCCGCCUUGCCCUUCAUGGAGCGCUGCCCUGGCUUCCUCCAUGGGAGGGCAGUAUGUGUGCCCAGGACUGACUUGCCUAGAUUCAAGGAGCCCAGACGUCCCCCUGGGGGACAACGAGGUGUUGGGCGAGGGGACACCGGUGGUGGGUGCUCUCAUGGACCAAGAAACCAGUGGCCUGGACAAAGGGGAUCAAGGAAAUCGGGCAAAGGGCAUACAUUUGAUCCAACAUAUUAUUAUAUUAAUCACUGUAUAAUAGCAAGAUGUCUUUCUUAUAUCCUAGAUGUUUCCAGAACCCAAAGGCAAAUAGAUCACUGCAUAAAUUAUAUAAAUGUGUAACCACUAUGCUGUACACCUGAAACUAACAUAAUAUUGACUGCCAACUGUAAUUGGAAGAAGUAAUUUAAAAUAAUCAUUCUCAGAGCUCUGUAUAGACUUGCACACGAGCUGGACAGAACCCUAGAGAGGCCGAUCAGGUGCGCAAGGUGUAUCUGAUGAAAGAGCAAUCCCAUUUGCAGGUAGACAGGACCCCUCAUACACACCCUGAACUCUACACACGGACUACGAGCACAGUUAUAUUCACGUAAGUCUUUAAUUACCCGAAGCCACCAAACUAUUUCAGAAUACUUUUCCAGGCAUCCAAACACAGUUGCUGAACGGCGCAUGCAUGAUCGCUCUCAUUUGUGUCAUGUUGCAAUGUACCUGUUGGAGAAUUUCCUCCACCAGGUGGCAGCCAAGCCUAACUAAAACACUAUUCUUGCCCAGGUCAAGGAACAGUAAAUAGCUUUGAGAGCAAACUGCACGCGGACAAGCCUCUCUCUGUACUUGGGCUUCCCCAUGGCAAUGGCGUUCUCUGGAAGCUGUUCCGUACCACACAGCCGACGAUACGGUGUCUCACGGUCCCGUCCAAACACAGGUAUGCCAUUUUAGCACCGACAACGCAAGGCUGCAAGGAAGACAUGUCACAGAGGCUUCCCCAUCUAGGAUGGCCUGUUCUCUCGCCCCUUGGCCUAAGGACCUGACUGUCAGCUCCUGAAGGCUACAUGGUGCUCAAGUCCAGCUCUCCUCAUAGGAACGUGGAAGCCGGCGCCGUGCAAGCAGGACAGUGACCGAGCUCUGCCCACUUCAUGAAUUCCCUCACGUUAUGAGCUUGGAGAUCCAUUUACUCCGCAAACCAUCGAGUCCUUUCAGGGCGGAGACUACAUUAUUCACCUUUGUUUCCCUUUUUCCUUCUCCAGUGCUCCACCCCCACUUCUUUCUUCUCUCACCAUUUAUGCUUACAGCUCAUUUAUCAGGCUAACUCCACACUCCAGCAUUUUUCUCUUGUGUUUUUGGAGAGGGAGGGACUUUUCAGAUGCCCCACAUGCUUUUUGCUUAGAUUUGCAAGAAUUGUUUUUUGUUGAAUGCAACCUAGAACCCUGAUGUCAGCAAGAGCUACCAAACCUUCAACGCUUAACAGAGUGUCUAAAAUAUAGUCAGCUCCACUUCCCGAGAUAGAGUAUUACAUUUUAUACAUAGUAGGAACUGCACCAAUGCCCAGAUGUUGACAUAUGAGAUUGCUAGCAUCCAUCCAACUGCUCCCUUUUUGCCCUUUGCUACACGAGAAGGAUGGGAUGCAAACAUUCCCCUUCGCUUUCUGAGCCCUCGUCCUCCCUGUUCUCAGGGAAAGGGAAGCCUAAGUCUUGGUUGCAAGUAAUUCAGUCUCAGAGUUCAGUCUAACAAGGUUUGAAGGGUCAAAUACUAUGGAUUAGAGAAGCUGACAACAAGAGGGAGCUUCAUCUGAGCAGGAAGAGCUGUCCCUGGGCUGAGGGGCGCAGCAAGACGGAGGGCGGGGUGCUGCUUCUACAGACAUAGGACCAGCGAGGCAGUGCGCCAAAGAUUCCUUUCUCCCACGUAGAGAACUCUCAGGCUGAAGGGGAAUGUGUGGGCAAGGAAAACAGAUGUGUCAACGGUGACCUAUACGGACAGGUGACAGAACACCAGGUGGUCUCUACUGUCAUAUGGCCCAGAACCUCGGAGAAGCCCUGAGAAUAACAGGUUGAAAUUCUUGGCGCCUAAAGAGACAGAUGUUCAGCAUCAAAAUUAAAAUGACUCAGAGAAACCAUAAAGGUGAUAUUUCUCACAUAUGUGAGUGUGUGGAUGUAGAUUCAUAUGUGCCACAAUUAUUACAUACAUUGGAAGCACUCAGGGUACGUUUCUGUAUUUAUUCAGCUUUUUCACAGAGCUGCCGGUCUCUUGAUUUGAUCAGGGAGCACAGUGCUUUAAUGUAUAGAAACAAGGGAGCUGUGACGGAUCUCACAGGCUGCAAAGGACAAGGUUACCCCUUGUUCAAGGUCAGGAAUAGCGAUCACGUAUGCUUCGCUUGCGGGGUUUAGCACUCUUGUAAGUCUGAGGUCAAAUUUAUGAUGUGAAAUUCUCCCAGAAUAAAUGGUACUUGCUCACCUCUUGCCCCUAAUGAUUUACCACAACCCCUUCUAACUGAAAGGCCAAAGAACCAAGGAAAUUGAGACCUCCCUUUUUCAACUUUUAAAUUAAAAACCCACAGAGGAAAUUUCAAGGUGAGAAAAGCCAUAAAACCAUAUCUAAAGUAUAAGACAAAAGAAAAUUGUAUCAUCCCCUAAAUAACAAAAACCUGUCAGUUGGAGCGAGGUAGCCUCCUUAUUCUAAGCCUUUGCUUUACUGGACAGAGAGGAGGUGAAGCUAUAGCCAGGGCAGUGAAUAAUGAACGAAUCUUCCAAAUAAGUUUAUGUGAACAGCUCCAUGGUACAACAAGUCUCUGAACACAUCUCUACAUUUGCAAAAAUGUCUAAAGGAAACGAUAAGGGCAUGGUCAUAAUGUGCCCAACAGGGGAGCGAAUGUUCACCGCAGGUCACGCUCAGCACGACAUUGCAGAACAGCUCGUGAGAAGGGCAUGAAGGUCACGGACAACUAAUCUGACUUGUGGCAUGACCAUGCAGGUAGACCGUGCAGGGAAGGCCUGCUGGGCGGCAGAUACAGAAGCCCAAAGAGCUACUGUUUACGAUUACCGGGAUUCCGACGAGUUUCCCAGCCAGCACCCAUUCCGACUAGUCAGUGCCCGUGCCUUCCCAAGCAUCCACGUCUAUACCCUCCAGAGCAGUCACGCAGAACCCAGUUUCUGGAAGGACAGCCAAGUCUCCAGGGAGGCAGUAAGCAGAGGGCAAUUGCCCUCUGCUUCCCUGACGUCAUCACCACAGAGACGCCUAUGUGAAGUUCUAGACCGGCAACGAUGAGACAGAUGGAUAGAUAAUAAAGCCAAUAAUAGAGAAAGACGGCUUGACAGUAGUCUUUGCAAUAGCGAAGGCAUAUUGUUUGGAGAAAACAAUGAAAAGAUUUGAGCGAUACGGCAGAGAUGUUGGCCAGAGUUUGUAACAGAUGAGAACCCCGUUUCUCAAAAAGAACAGCAUUACUGGUGUCAUCAUCACCUGGGCCACCUGCUGAAAACUGGAGAUUUCUAGGUCCUACUCCAGAAAUGUAAAAUCAGAAUAGUGGGGGAAGAAGGCUGAAUCAAGAGAUUCUGUACUUUUAACUCCUUCCCCAGGGGAUUCUUGAAGAAACAAAUAGUAUGAGAAGGGGGAGAAGGAUAUUGUGUCCAGUUUUCAUCCUCUGUAAAUUUGGAGUAUCAUGGAGCAUUCAAGAGGAAGGCUCUGUGUGCGACUGGAAAGAUGGGACACAAAAGGACAGAAAGGUCAGAACUAAAGUUAUAGAUCGAGGAUGAACCUGAAUUUCUUGAAGAAAAAAAACACAGGCAGGUAAUGACACUUGGAGGGCCAUGUUUGUUUGUAUAUUCUACCUCCAAAAGCCUUCCUCUAUGGGAAGAACCCUUCCUCUGUGGACCUGGGUGGGAGCGCGGCUCUACCCAGAACUCUCACUACGGGAACCCAGGAGGCAGCUCUUCCCUGUCUCUACCCUCUGGUGGCUGGAGUAUGAGGCCAUAUCAAGACCGGGUCACUGAGAUGCCUCUGCUCAGGACUUUGAGUCUUAAAGGAGAAACUCAAAGAUGCAGAAAAGAGGUAAGAAAUGAUUCAUGGCAAUUGGUGUCCAGGCACCCAUGGCGACGCCCAACCUAUUCUCUCCUUUGGGUGGGAACUCGACUACUGCUAAGCCCUUUUCCAAGUAUGACUUUCCAGCCUCCCCCAUGAAUCUAUGAGCUGCUCAUAUAUUUUUCAAUAAAUUCCUUUUCUGCCUAAGUUUAUAAGAUUUGGAGGACACUAGAGUACAAAGAUAGACCCAUGAUAAAUUCCUCCGGAUAUUGAAGAGAAAGAAAUACAAAGUUAUUAGAUGGAGAAAGCACGCUCAGACAGCAAAGGGCCAAGAGUGGCUUGAGAUAAGGAUUCAGGACAGCACGAUAUUGUGGAAAUUAAGAAAGAGUUCACUGAAGAAAGAGAAGAAACUGAUGGGCGAGGGUUGGCCAUUUCCUCUUCUGUCCUCCCAGACUGUUUUGAUCAGAUUUCCUUUUUAAGAAUCAUCACACUUUAUUAAAAUUAUGUCCCCCCAGUAACUGUCGGUGCCACCAGAGUAAGAACCAUCACUUAUUCCCCAUUUCAUCCAUAUGACAUUUCCAUAGCAGGUGCUCUGGAAAUGUGUAAGGCAGGCAAGGAAGAAAAAAGGAAAAAUCCAGCCUUGAAAAAAGGUAAAACACGCGAAUCGUAGUUAGUUUCCUUGGGCCCCAAGAUGCAAACUAAGCCAGACCCUUAUGGCCUUUCUUCCUCCUCGGCGUGUUGCCAAAGCAGCACCUGAGUUCCCGCCACAACCUCCCGCGAGCGGGCAAAUUCCCUGCCUGCUCCUUUCAAAGGCAUUCUGUCCUUGGCUCAUCCUCCCACCAGACCCUGUAAGGUCCUUCGUGUUUUUAAGAAAGGCAGGAAGAGUCUUUGCUUCCAAGCAUCUUUCUUUGGCUUUCUGCCCUGCAAAAACUCCUGAGUCAAGGGAAUGUGUAGGGCUUAAUCACCUGCCUAAAAGAGGAAAAAUAUAACGAGUAAAAUACGAAAGAAAAAGUUAUCUUGCAAGAUAACUUUUCCUGCGUAACUCCAUGAGGUAAUGCGGACCACUGAGAACCAAGGCUCUUCAUCUGUGUCACACUGCGUCACAGCGCCAUAGAACGUGCUUAAUGCACGUUAUGAUCAAAUGCGUUCAAGUGGCAGAGAUCCAUGGAGACAGACAGACAGACACAGGGGUUAACGAUGCAAAGAGGUGGGUAGAAGUUCCUAGAGAAACUGGAAGAAUUGGAUUAAUUAUACUGUGGGAGAGAUUAAUACUUAGAAACAUGAGACUUCUCAACAACAGGGAAAGGCCAGAAGGUGGAAGAAAAGUCCCCUCUUUCUGUGAGAAGAGGCUGUAAAGAAUGCACAGAACUCCCAUUCUGGACCUUACACAAUAUGAGUGCUUACAGCAGUUAACCUGCUCUAGUUCUACUGUCAUGUACCAGUUACUCUACCGUCGUGUGCCAGUUACUCUACCGUCGUGUACCAGUUACUCUACCAUCGUGUACCAGUUACGUGGGCACCAGAUAAGUUAUCUCUUAGAUUCCAGACCAAGAGGAGCCAGGUCCUAACUUGACAGCAUGACUAUUAUACAGCACUCAGUGAUUAAGCAGUCGUGCCAGAUGCAUUGGUCAAGUAGAACUCUUAAAUUGUGUCUAGAAAUUGGGAAGAAGGAAGCAAUAGAUAUUUGGUGACUGGAAGAGAAGGCUGAGGCAGAGACAACAAUGUUCCCCCAAAUAGUCCAUUUUCUCACACAUUUCCCAGUGCCUUUGUAAUUAAUUGGGGCUGUAUGACUCCUUCAGGCUAACAAAACAUGAGCCAAAGGGACAAGGUCAAACCCAAGCGAUGGCAGCUGAAAAGUCCUCACUUCUGCUGGAAGAUCUGAAGAACAGGAUGUACUUUACAGAUGAGGGGUCAAUAAGAUGGUCAGCCUAGGUAGGUCCCUGAGUAUAUGAAGCAGAACGCCCCCCACCCGGUGCUGGACACGGAGUAUGAGUGACAAGCCUUGUGGUUUCAAGGCACUGAGAUCUGAGGAUUUUUUUUCAGCAUAACUGAUCCUGUCCUAGUUUGUCCUAUCCAGUCUGCAAUCUUCUUUUUCCCCCUUGCUGAGGGUCACACUGUACACAUCUUCCAUGGAUGACCCUUUAUGCACAAACAAUCAACGUUAGAGUCUCAAACCUUCCUGAAGAAGUUGCAAAACAACACUGCAGACAUCCUAAGUCACUACCUACCAUGCACUUCUGUAAUUCUAGAAAAAUUCUUCUAAUUACAUUAGGAAAAGCUUCUGACAACAUGUGUGAGAAAAUGGUGGGGACAGUGGACAGUUCCCCUCAGGUUUUAGGGUCAGUGAUCCCGGAGUCACAUACAUUGUCAAAGGCAUAUGAUUUCUUUUAAUGUAACAAGAUACCCAAUUCUCUACCUUGGGCUAAGGAACUUGGGUAUUUGUUAGUUUAUAAUUCCAUGAAUUUAUCUCUCCUCGAGUCCCCACACCUUGACUCUUCUCUCCUGGGACAAGAACGGCAGACCACCCAGCCUUGUUCAGUGAGUUUCAAAUAUUCCAAGGCAUUUUGAGCUGCAUCCAAGGUCAUUUUCUGUACAAACAACAUUAGGAUUGAUUUAUAGGCCAUAUACGACCCUGCAUAUGGUGUGGGGGAUGAAAGGAGACGGAGACACACACACACACUGGUUCUGGGCAUUUAAGAAACUGGUUAUCUGACAUUCCCAAAUCUAAAACUGUAUUGCAAUUGCAUUUGACUAUUUACUACACACAGCCCAGUUUCCAGCACUAAUUUUCCAAAAUCAUACAGUAAAGAGGAACGCUGUACUGAAGUUAGAAUAUAAUCUAACUUAUUAAUGAAGAAUAUAAAUAAAGGUCAUUUUUGGACAUGCAAACAACAUUUUAAUUAGUAUUUAAUUAGUACUUUAAUUAGGAUUUGCAAAUUAAGUAUUGAGGGAGAAGGGAGGGAGAAAUGAAAGGAGCUAUAUAUGAAAAAAGGGAAGCAAGCAAGAGAGGGUCAUACAAGGAGUCCAGGACGAUAAAGGGACAGUUGAGGCAUUCACAUAUAUGGGGACACAUAUAGUAGGCAUCUGCAGGGGAGGAAAGCUAUCAGUUAUUCACUGGUCGUCAUGUAAGGAGCAGGCAGGCCACUGCGGGAUUUGGUCUCCACACAGCAUCUCAAAUAAGCUUCCCAUUAACUGAUAAGCGACUGAUACUACAUAUCUGCUUUAUAUAAAAAAACUGAGACUUAGAUGAAUUGACCAAGCUAAGAGGUAGCAAGAAUUCCAAAGUUGGCUGGAAUUCACAGGAAGAAGAGCACUACGUGGAGAGACAGAGAGGAGAAUUCUGCAAGAGACACAGAGAGAACUCCAGAGAUCUCCUGGGGGUUUCCCUCAAGUCUUCAGCUGAGUACUGACCACUGCAUGUAUGUGAGGAAACUAUGUUAGCUAAGAAGAGAACCAAUGAAAAGGCAAAACAAUCACUGGAGUUCAUCCAGGGCCAAGAGUAGUGUGUAUUCCUAUAAGCCAGAGGGGAAGAACCUUGUAACACACAGUGCAUUGAGCAGAGAACACAGAAGAGUGAUGCCUCGGUAGUAGGGAAAUUAGCCUCAGGCUGAGGGCUCCUCGGGUCCUAUGUAACCAAACCUAAAAGUCAGUCUCGAAGGGAUUCAAGUGUUUCCAAGUAAAAGAACACAGCAAGUCUUGAAAAUAUAUGUAUGUAUUUGUGUAUGUAUAUACCUUGUUGUAUAUAUAGCAAAUAUACAGAUGGUGCCAAAAAUAUAUAUAUACACAUUUUAAUAAAGAAAAAUAAUAUUUGAAUAAUGGAUGAAAAGCUCCCCAUUUGAUGGAAAUUAUAAAUGCACAAAUACAAAAAGUUAUAAGAACCCUAAGUUAUAUGAAUUCUCAAUUCUAUACUCUCAACUCAGCAAGACCACCCCUGCAUAAAGAAAACUAUACUAAGGUACAUGAUAAUAGGGUACUUACAACCAGUGAUCAAGAGAAAAUCUUAAAAUCA